ACCGCCCUUUGGGAGACAGCGGCACGGGCGGUUACAUCCAGAGGCACAGACAGCUUACUUUAAGGGCUUUCCCAUCAUUUACUCCUCCCAACCUUUUUCCAUCUUCAUCUUCUCAUUGGAUAUUCGGUAUUCUCUACGUAUUAUAUUUUUGUUGAACUGCCGAGAGUGGAGAAUGGAUAUCCCGUUCAAGGAUGUUGUCUUUGAUACGUCAGAUCCUCAUGGAUCAGCCCUGUCGCUUCUUCCGCUCCUGUUCCCCGAUCGGAAGAUCGACGACAUGCGUAUAUCCGCUUUGACUCAGGGCACGACAAAUGGCCUUUUCAAGGUUACGGUCGAUGCAUCUACGGCAGAUUCUGCCACUGCAGAUGCAGCGCUGAUCAAGGUCUACGGAGACGGCACGAAUAUCACCAUUGAUCGCGAGAAGGAACUCACGGUGCACAAGCUCCUGGCUGAGCGUCAACUGUCUUCAUCUCCACUGGUUCGCUUCAGCAAUGGACAUGCGUAUCAGUUCAUCUCUGGGCGAGUCUGCUCUGAAGGCGACAUGUCUGAGACAAGAAUCUUCCGUGGCGUCGCGAGGGAGCUUGCUCGGUGGCACGCGACGCUACCGACAGCAGACCCUGAGGACGUCUUGACCUACAAGCCGGGCGUUUGGUCCACCGCGAAGAAAUGGCUAGACGCUAUCUCCAAACACCCUCAUCGAUCACAGGCCGAAAUUGAUGAUUUGCAUGAAAAGUUCAAGUAUCUAGCCGAUGCGUUGCUGUCAACUGACGUGUCGGAGCCCUUGGUUCUCGCUCACGGCGACCUUUUGUGUGCCAACAUAAUUGUACAAGAGUCGGAUGAUGGCAGCGAUGUCGCCUCAGUUCGAUUCAUUGAUUACGAACACGCCACAUACUGUCCUCGGGCCUUUGAACUAGCAAAUCAUUUCGCUGAAUGGGCCGGCUUCGACUGCGACUACAAUCUUCUCCCCAAGACAUCAACACGACGCGCUUUCAUCGAAGAGUAUCUCACGAUCCACGCCGAACUGUGUCGGGAGCACAACAUACCGACUGUCAAUGAUGCUGCUGUGGAUCAUCUAAUGCGUCAGGUCGACGAUCACAGGGGCUUUCCUGGGUUCUACUGGUAAGUUGUCUCACAGACAGAUAAGAGUGUGGUGGUACAAGACAAGACACUGAUUUACACCCCUGCGACAGGGGUCUCUGCGCUCUGAUCCAGGCUGAGACAGCGACCGGAACUAUCGACUUUGACUACGCGGGGUAUGCGGCCAAGCGCCUUGCAGAAUACGAGAGCUGGCGUAGUGUGCGGGAGGGAAACAGCCCGUCUUUGCCGCUGAGGGAGGAGGUCUGGUCAAUGCCGUAGACAAGACAAGACAACCCCCACGGCAAGGCAUCAGCGGGCAAGACAGACAUUCUUAGUUAGAAUACGUACUCCGAGUAGACGACAACAGAAAGAAAAGUCAGACACUCUACCUAAACUUGAUUGGUCACAAGCUGUGCAAUGUAUGGCUCGUCUUAGCCAAAGGGAGCAUCUGGCACGCGCA